AGCUCUGGGAGUCACGUCAUGACGAGCUUUGCCAGGUCUCGUCAGAGCAUCGACUCAGCUCCACGAGCCGCAGCGUCCUCUCUCAGGGGUCACAGGCAACCGCUGCUGGUAUUAGCAUUGCUGUUGCGGGGUGUGCAGCUUGUUGGGACAGACGGUGGCAGAGGACGCAGCUGUCACAUGCUGGACGAGAGGUGCCUCGAAGCUGAGCAGAGGGACGAGGAAUUAAGUCUAAAGACCACAUGUUGUCAAACGGGAAACAUUUCAAACAAAACUUAAAUCAGCUAAACAACAAGUGUUAAGUGUUUACGCUAUUUUUAAGCGCGUACGCACCGUUAAGGCUGGAGCGCGUUCGGUCGUUUGACUAACGUUACCGCCGAGACGGUAGUUACGACGACGGGCCACUACGUGCGGACAGUCUUUUUCUAGAGGUAGCUUAAAGCCUUCGAUAAGAUUCAAACCAACGGGGAAAUCACAUCUUCCGGAACUGAGGAGGACAUCGUAAGAAGGACAGAGUCGAAGCAGCAUGGUUACCACAAAGGGAGCAGGGCUGAACCCCAAUGCUAAAGUGUGGCAGGAGAUCCCUGCCCACCAGAAUGACAACCCGGAGGAGACUGAAGAUUCUCCUUGGAUACUGACCUACCCUCCACCUGCUGAGAUAACAGGCGACGUUCCGUCUACAGGAGGAAAAGGAUACGAUGCUGAAUACCCUGACAGCACUGCUGACUAUGCCUCUGUACCCACGGAGGGCAUUGUAAAUGGCACAGACCACCCUGACUUGGGGUAUUUACUGUUUGACCCUCAAUGCGAAUCAGCCUUAGAUGCUGAUGCUUCUGAAGAGCAACCAAUGUCUGAGGAAAGCCUGAGAGCGUCUUUGAAGAAACGGCUCGAGUUCUGCUUUUCUAGAGAGAACCUAUCUAAGGACCUGUACCUGAUAUCCCAGAUGGACAGUGAUCAGUUUGUUCCCAUCUGGACUGUUGCUUGCAUGGAGGACAUCAAAGCCCUUACCACUGAUGCAACCCUCAUUCUGGAUGUACUGCGAGCUUCGCCUAUGGUGCAAGUUGAUGAAACUGGAGAAAAGGUUCGGCCAAACCACAGUCGCUGCAUCAUCAUUCUGAGAGAGGUGCCAGAGACUACACCAAUUGAGGAAGUGGAGGCUCUUUUUAAGAGUGAAAACUGUCCAAAAGUGUUAAGUUCUGAGUUUGCACACAACAGUAACUGGUACAUAACAUUUCAGUCUGAUAUGGAUGCACAACAGGCCUACAGAUACCUACGAGAGGAAGUGAAAACAUUCCAGGGAAAACCAAUCAUGGCCCGCAUUAAGGCCAUUAACACAUUCUUUGGUAAGAACAGCUUCCGCAGUGUGGACCCAACUGUGUAUAGUCAGCCUGCCCAACCACAGGCUCAAUAUAGUUCCCCAGUCUACAUGCAGCAGGCGUACAGCCCUCAACAGCAGUACCCUGUAUACCCUGUGGUGUCUUCCUCCUGGAACCCUGCGGUCAUCCCUUACUUUGAAACACCACUGGCACCUUUUCCGCACACCAGUUUCAUGAAUGGUUACAACAGUCCUGGGAACUAUGAAGUAAAUGCAAGCUCCAUCAACACCCAUCGACCCAUAAGCAGGAACCGAAACCAUGUUAAGGGUCACCCAAGACCUGGAGACGUGCCUUCUUCUCUGCCUCCUGGGCCACUGAUGGAUGGCCUGUCUGGUCCCUCGAGUCCACGGCCCCUCCCGACAUCUGGGAUGGCGAUUGGCACCACUUCAGCAACAGCCUCCUUGUCAUCCUUCAGCCUUAAAGACACUUCUCCACAAGCCCCCAUACCCAGUGGAUAUCUAAGUGGAGCUGCACGGGGCCGGAGAGGCAGCUACAGAGGCAUGAGGAGGAAAAGAGAAGAUGAACAUACCACGAAGCCUGUCCCUCUGAUGGAGGCCAAGGUACCACCUCCACCAAAAUUUGACCUGGCAGCUUCCAAUUUUCCUCCUUUGCCGGGAUCUGUGGUCAGUAUCCUGGGAGAAACUAUGUCAGAGAUGCGCCUCUCUGAUGUCGUGCGUGGCUUAAAGGUGACUAACAAGCCUGUGAACCAAGAGGUUAACGAGACUCGACAAUCAAGCAUAUCUGAAGAUGCUGUAAGCAAACCAAAUGCUGUGACCCCGGUUGCUAAACUUGCUCCUGUGACACCAGUCACAGUGGCACCACCAGUCUUAAGUGUUUCACCUUCGGUAAAGGAUGAGGAUAAAGCUGAACCGUCUGUUCCAAAAGAAGAGAUCUCCACGUCCCCGCAGGCUGCCUCCCCAACAGCCUCUGAAAUGGCUCCCUCUGUUUGCAACCAGUCUGUUUCUACUGAAGAGCCUUCCUCAUCUCCCCCAUCUCCAACAUCGGAUCUGGGGGCAAGAAAACUGAGCUAUGCAGAGGUGUGCCAGCGGCUGGCCAAGGAACCGCCGCCAGCACAGAUGCAGCCUCCCUCCCCUCCUGCCUCCUCAGCUAGCCAACCCCUGCAAGAGCUCAAGGUCAACAGGGUUGAGGAGCCUCGGCCUAACUCCAGGCGCACUACAGAGAAACCCGGAGACAGCUGCCCACCUCGUCAUCCAUUACGCUCCUUCAGAGGGGCGAAUGGCCAAGUCAGAUCCGGAGCACUGAAGACUCGGGAGCAUCCGAGAGGCCUGAAUACUGGAAAACCAUUUUCCCCCCACCGGGGAGCCAGACGCAGUGGCAAAGAACAGAACAUUCCCCCUCGAUCUCCAAAAUAACUAAAGAAAAGGGAACCUAUAAUACAUUAACUAAAAUGGAAAGGAAAAACAAUAUUUAUGUAAAUAUAUAAUAUAUGUAAAUAGACAGAUGAAUAUAUUUCAUUUGACCGACUUUUUCAAAGAAUCUUAAUAUUGUUGCAGACCUGAAAUAAUUUUUUAGUAAGAUGCAUAUUGUCUGCUGCAAGAAUUGAUAAAACAUACUUUGCUUAAAGUAAUAUCACCAUGACGUUCCCAAGAGAUGCCUCCAAAAACAGGCUAAAUCUGUAGAGUGUAUCUGCGUUUAUCGUGAGGGGAAGAAAGAGGGAUGUUGUUACUUUUAAAUAUUAGGUAGCAUUAAGUAAGCGCUGUCCACAUCCCAAUGAUGAAUGAGACUCAUUGGAUUGUGUGAGUAGUUCUUGUUGGCAUGUGAUUCAUCGAGAGCUUGAUACCAAAUUAGUUUUGCAUUGAAAUCAAGGAUGUGCGUAUGAUGUGGAAGAUGUUGAUUCCAUGGCGGAAUAAUAGAAACGGUCAUACUUUUGAUUAACGACAGAAGGUAUGAACUUUGAGUAGCUAUUUUUCAAGGCCUUACAUUAUGUUGAAACUGUCUACAAAGAUGCUGAUUUAAUACCGAAUAACAUGUAUUCAUAACAUUGCGUUGUGUAAUGAUUAUAAUCCUUCAGUGUUUAUGCAGUAGUCAUCUUUGUGAUGCAGAUAUUAGAUCACUACUAGUAAUGUUUUAAAUAAGCCUACUUACUGGAGUAGAUAAGCUUAUUUGUUUGUUUUUUACAAGAUUGUAUCAGUGAUUUAACUCCUGUGCAAAUCUGUAUAUCUUGUAAAAAUUCCAUAGCAUGAAAACUCAUGAGAAUAGUAGUUGACAGCCAAAUAACCUACUGUUAACUGAGGGUUAUCACAGGAGCAGAAAGACUCCAUGUUUUAUCAGAUGUCAAUAAUGCUGGUGUGUGUCUCGCAAAGCAAGAUUACAGGGUUUGACGGAUAACUGGUUCCAGGCCCGGCUUCUGAUAUGAAUUAUUCUGUAUGUUCAGGAAGGUUUCUAGAGUAGGAUGGUAGAUCCUGAAGAGUAAGCUGUCCUUACUUAGUGACUAGCAUGUGAAUAGCUAAAACGCAUUCGAUGAUCUGAGGGACCUCAGGAGUAGAAAUUGGAUUUUCUUCUAAAAAAACUGAAAUUUGUGGCCUCUUCUCAAUUAAUGUAGCUAUUUGGUGGUUGAUGUCAUGGCCAGUGUCUCAGCUUGAUUUGGUGACAUUGAUUGCCUGCAUCAUCUCUUGAUUAGAUGCAUAACACGCUUCAGACGAAUGUACCGUAGUUUUUGGCAUAAAACCACUUUUGAACUUGAUCUUAUAAAUGUCCAUAUGUAGUAGUAGCUUUCCUUCAGCGUGUGUAUAUACAGAUUUAUUUUUGAUCUUAGUUUGGGUUUUUUUCCUGCUGUAGUUUAAUUUGAUAUAAUUGUGUGUGUUUUUUUUCUCAUGGUAUUGAAUGUUUGUGUAAUAUUAGUAAAUAUGUGUGUAGACUGAUCUGAGAAAAGAUACUUGGUUAUUAUGGCUGAGCAGAACUUGACUGGACAUGUAGUGGCAGGAGUUGAAAUGCACUAACCUCAAAUCCCCAGGCUUUUAAUCAUAAGAUAGGUUUGAAAUGGAAUGGGCUUGCACAGAAAUGCUCAAUUUGAGUUUAAAUGUGUUUCAUUUUAGUGUUUUCAUUUUGUCAGAUUAGUCUGUUGUUGCAAAUGGAAAUAAACAAAAGAUGAGUGAAGUGUAGAAUUGUAGAUUUUCAGGAUUAGGGGGAUAACACCUACCUAGGAUAGAUGUCCUCUGCUUGUAUGGACUUGACUACAGUGUUCUGUGUCUUGUAAUCAGUUGUCUCCAGUGUAUAUUGUAUUAUGUUUGUGGAAGAGAGAUUGCAUUGACUUCAGACUGCAUGGAACUAUUAUCUCAAAUGAAACUUCCAGUGCCUUAACUUAAUUUCAGUUUUGUGCAAGAAUUGUGAGACCAUCAAUUUGGCUCACUAAACAUGGCUGGUUAAUUGGUUAUCAAAAUCCAACAUUAUCAGUUGUUGACACAGACACUGGAUCCUACUCGAUGCCAAUGUCGGUUUAUUGUAUGUGCAGCUGUAGGGCUGGGCCUGGUUAGAGUGGAGCUUAAUGCGUGUGCGCAUGCUUGUGUGUCCGUUAUGCGUAUGUGAUGCAUUUCAUUUUCUUAGCUUGUCAAUGCAAUGUCAGUCUUGUAUGAGAAUCUUGCGUUUAACUCACAAUCAAAUAUGAGAUUGCCGUUUCAGCCAAAUACACUGGUUUAUUAUGUGAUGUGAUUGCUGAGCCAAAAGAGGUAAAAAA